AUGCUUUACUAUCAAAAACCCCGUACCAUAAUGAUGCGUCAUCCUACAAUUUUUUCACAACAAUUUUUGCCUUUUUUUAAAGCAUCCCAUUCCCAAGUCGUAUAUGGGAUAGAACUCCGUCGCCAUGCCUUUCUACGGAACUUCUCCAAUUCGCCAUUCUUAAAUAAAAGUAAGAAACGGGACAUCCUGAGGCAAACAGGCUCUGAAGCGAUCUCUUCUCAGGCAAAUUCCGCGCCCGCGGACCCGCUAGACCUUACACAACUCGAACACGGAAUUGCGGCCGCAGCAUCUCGACUCAAGGAUGAGCUUUCAAGACUCCGCAUGAGAGGGAGGUUGAGCACGGAGACCAUCGAGGGCCUUCGUGUCCAGUUGAGCAAGGGAGCCAAGGAAACGGCGAAGCUGGGAGAACUUGCCCAGGUUGUCCCCAAAGGUGGACGAAUGGUAACUGUUUUGGUCUCUGAGGAAAACUAUGUGAAACCCAUAUCUUCGGCGAUUCUUUCCUCCAGCUUAUCCUUGACGCCUCAACACGACCCCCAUAAUGGCCUCCAACUCAAUAUCCCGAUUCCGCCGCCAACAAAAGAAUCUCGAGACCAAGCCGUUCUCGCUGCAAAGACAGCCAUGGAACGAGCUGUUACUAGUGUCCGUGAUUCGCGUGGGGCUAUCCAUAGACGCCUCCAGGAAUCCAUUAAGAAAAAGAUUGCCAGGCCAGAUGAUGCCCGAAAAUCACAAGAUAAAAUGGAGAAGCUGACAGAGAAGGGACAGAAAGAGGUGAAAGAGCUAUUUGAGGCCGCGAAGAAGGCCAUGGAACGAGUCUGA